AUGAAGUUUCAUCGUCCGUCUGAAAUCCAUAAAAAGGCCACCCAGAAAAACGCUAUGGCAGAUUUGCUUGCUAAACGGAAAGAUAAGGAAAAUAAAGCUGCGAAAAAGGCAGCGCUAUCCAUCGACGCUGUGUUUGGAAAGGAUGAUAGUGAUGGUUCUUCAUCUUCGUCGUCAUCAUCUUCGUCGACGGCGUCAUCUCGGUCAUCUUCUCGUGAAUCAUCACCGAGAAGAGAAGCCGAAAGCGAGGAUGAAGAAGAGAAGAAGGCGGCAAGAAGAGAGGUGGGACGCGUCAUAGGAACUAUCAAGAGCUCGUAA